AUGGCAUCACUUAAUAAAUUAAGUAGCAAUGAAAUUGGUAAUAUUGAUAGAUAAAUUGCUAAAUUAAGGCAAGGGUAAAUAUUGACUGAACAAGAGGUCAAGAGUUUAUGCAUCAAAGUUUUAAUAUUUAGCAAUUUCAUAGGCAAAGGAGAUAUUAUAGGAUGAACCAAACAUCAUUUAAGUCAGAGCUCCCCUUACUAUUUGCGGAGAUAUACAUGGUCAAUUUCAUGAUCUCAUUGAACUCUUUUAAAUUGGAGGAAACCUACCAGUAUAUUAAUUUGCAAAUCACUUUAGGACACUAAUUACUUAUUUCUUGGAGAUUAUGUUGAUCGAGGAUCACAAUCAGUCGAAACAUUUUCAUUGAUGUUGUCCCUCAAGGUCAGAUAUAAGGAUCGCAUAGUAUUAUUGAGAGGUAUAAUUGCAUAAUAUUCUUAAAGGUAAUCAUGAAAAUCGAGAAAUCAAUAAAAUCUAUGGUUUUUAUGAUGAAUGCUUUCGUAAAUAUGGAAAUGAAAUCGUAUGGAAAUAAUUUACAGAGGUUUUUGGUUAUCUCCCACUCUCUGCAAUUGUUGAAUAAUAAGUAACAGCAAAUUUAAUUAAAUCCAAAGAUUUUUUGUGCACAUGGAGGUUUAUCCCCUGCAAUGGAAUCUGUAGACCAAAUUAAAUAACUUAAUAGAGUUUAAGAUAUCCCACACGAAGGAUUAAUGUGUGAUUUGCUAUGGAGUGAUCCAGAAGAAACAAAAAAUGGUAUUUAAUAUAUAACUAAACAAUUAAGGAUGGGGAAUCUCUCCAAGAGGUGCAGGUUGGACUUGGGGUUGUGAUAUAACAGAAAAAUUCUUGCACUCAAAUAAAUUGAAAUAAAUUGCCAGAGCCCAUCAAUUGGUUAUGGAAGGAAUAUAAAAGGUUCAUAAUCAAAAGACGAUUACUAUAUUCUCAGCUCCUAAUUAUUGUUACAGAUGUGGAAAUUAAGCAUGCAUCGUUGAAGUUGACGAAUAACUGAAAAUGAAUUAGUAACAUCAAUUAGCAUUUAUUAUAGGACAUAAUUUGAGCCAGCUCCAAGAGAAAAUGAGCCUCAUACAACCAGAAGAGUACCUGAUUAUUUUCUUUGA